CGAAUCCGAGCCGGUAGCUCGAAAUCUCUGACAUAUAGAGCAGCUCCAUCAGAGGUCGCCUUCAAAGAAGAGGGUGUCUAAAAGCCGUAACAGCAGUAGCGUCAAGAGCAAUAGGCCCGUCACAACGGAUUCCUCACCGAGACUUCACUUCCCAAGAAUCAUGCGGGCCACCAGAGACACUCCGGCCGCGCAGUAGCGAGCACCGCAACGACCACCAAUAAGACUACCAGCGCGAGUGCCGAGGCAGUACUAAAGUUCACGAGCACUACGGCCGAACAAUCAAGCGUCACACCCGUUGUAUGCUUGAGCUUCACUAUCAGCACAACCUCAGCUCCAACUCGCAUUACGAGCUCGCAGACUUAUGCCACAACCCGGUGCUCAAGGUCUGCCUUCGAUUUGAGCUUGGUCUACUUUUGCAAGAGCUCACCGCCAAAUCAUGCAGGCAUGGAUUGCCCUCUUGUUACUCUGAUACCCUGAUACCCUUGAAAUACCCCAGGUGUUGCUAUCGAGGCUCUGUUGCUAUUGGCUGUGUUCCGAUACUGUGUGGACGUGAUGACGUAAGUUGGCUGAGUGCCGACGAGACGGCAAGAAACCAGUCAAACGGAACAUCUUCAUCAGCAUCAUCGAGAAGCGACGUCGAGGACAGGUUCUAUGACUGCAGUGUCCACACACGGCCGUGGGCCUGCAGAAGGCGAGCUGAGCUCCGGAAAGUGUACAUCCUUGGACUACUGCGCGCUCGAUCAACAGAAUACUCUUCCGUUAACAAGUCACACCUCCCUCUUGACUUGUGCUUGGGGAUGGCAAGAACUGGAUCCCUGCUACCCUGCCUGAGGGCGCUGAGCAAGUGGCAGCGUUGCUCACGAGCAAUUAUUGGGGCAGAACCCGCAUGGAAGGCCAGAGAGGGAGUCUACAGCGAUUAUACCCGGCCCGGGCUCCCCCGGCUCCUAUCGUGCCAAAUGCCGUCCGUAUGCACAGUGCGCCAGGGCUUCAAUCCCAGGUCCCUAUCCUGCCUCCUUCCUCCCGAGAGCAAGGAUUGACCGACGGAGGGCCUGGAUCCUUGCGGGGCUCCCCGCUGAGAUGUGCUCCCGAAGGAAUCUAAUGCCGAACGAGCAAAAGCCGUGAGAAACGUGCAGCCAAGCCCAGGUCGUUCCCCGUCUGUUCACAAUGCUUUGCCCACUCUACUUGAUGGUUCUCCGCUCGGAGCCCCGCGAAACUCUUCACUUUGAGACCUUAGGACGAGUCCUGUGACCCGAUUGAGACUCCCACUACACGAGAUCUUG